AUGGUUGUCGAUCCAAUAGUGCGGUUCCUUCACAAGGUACAUUCUUACCAGACAUAGGAAAGCCACCGACUCUGGUGUCUCUGUCUCAUUUAGCUUGAAUCGGAGCUGCGCCAAUCUAGGGACAGCAUCAAUCAAUGGGCCAUCGCAGGGCUGCUCUUAGGUAUGACAGGCACACAGUUGCUGUCUGUGGACUGGACGUGUCGCCUUCUGAUCAGUUGUGGCAAGAGAGAUGCGCUACUCCAUUGCACCAGACAGGGACAUCAUGUGGCACAAGAACCGCCAAAAGCACUUCCUUUUUCCAAUACUCCAGCGGCAGAGCAGUAUCCAGGUAUCUGUAGCUGACAUCCGUGCGAAAAUGCGUGAGACAAUGUCAUGCCUGUGUUCCCUUUCACUCCAGGCUGACUGGGUGGCUGCGUACACACAGCUGGAGGUGGCAAGCAUCUACGAGGGCGAUCGUGAUUUUUCUAAGUGUCGCUUAUGGCUUGUCACCGCGAGAAGGUAA